AUGAAAUUGAAGAAUAUAAAAUAGAAAAAAAGGUUUCAAGAAUUAUAAAGACUAUUAGGAUUAAAUAUUGAUCUAGGAAGACUCUCUGCCAAAAAUACUUAAGAUCUUACAAUUUUUAAAAAUUAAUAAAAGCUUUAAUCAAAAAUGUUAGUCUAAGUAAAAAAAUAAAUCAAAAUAGAAAUUGAAUAGGAAUUCACUAAAAGCGUAGGAAUCAUUAAAAAUGAAUAUCAUAAAUCUUUGGAUCAAUAUAAAUUUCAGUAUGAAUAAUAGUUAAGUGCAAAAGUGGAUAAAAUUGAGAAUUUUCUUACUUAAUUCAAAAAAUAUAGAGAGAAAUAAAAGUAAUUUAAUUAAAUUAAUUAAAUUUUAGAUCUUAAAUUAAUUAAAUUGUAGAUGAAUUGUUAGAUUUAUAUGAUAUUAUAAUCAGUUAAGGCAAAGUUAUUGAUAAAAAUGAAACUGGAGGAUAUAAUGGAGGAUUAAAUCAUUUAGCAUUCCUAAAUAAGAUAAAUCUAAUUUGCCAAAUAAAAUUAAGCAUAAAAAGUAUCAAUUUAUUUUAUAGUUAAUAAAGUUUAUUUCAUUUUCUUGAUACUAAUAGUGUAACAACUAUUGAAAAAACUAAUAAAACAGCUACUAAAUAAUUGAGAUAAUCAUCAAGCUAAAUUAUAUUAGAAAUUGAUUAUAAUUAAUUGGAUUCAAUUAACUUUAUGUCUAUAGAUUUAGUACUGUGA